AUGUUUAUCCCCGUGCGGCCACCAGAUAGUGCGACAGUCUGCAUGCUUUUGCAUUUGAUAUUUGGAGAUUUCCACCCGGCCAAUAUCCUCGUUCGACUUAUUAAUAUCGACCAUCUUUCUGAGGACGAGCUCUUCUCUCUAAUCGACGAGCCAGAUGAGAUUCUAGUCAAAUGUGAAUCUGGCGGAGACCCUCCAGAUUCAUCCCCAAAGUACCUUAUCCCCACGGCCGACAUAACAGCCCUCACUAAGUCUGUCUACCUAGCGGACCAGAUCACCAUCAUCGAUUUUGGCGAGUCAUUCGACUUCUCAUCGCCUCCAUCAAGGCUUGGAAUUCCGCGCCAGUAUAUUCCACCUGAGCUUCUUCUUUCUGGCGGACCACCAGCCUCAGGGCCAGCCGCUGAUCUUUGGGCUCUCGGAUGCACGCUCUUCGAGAUUCGGCAGCAGAAGCCUCUCUUCGCCGGCAAACCAGACCAGAUUGUUUGCCAGAUGAUGCGCGCGCCUGGAAAACCCCCUGCCGAACUGUGGGACAAGUGGGAAGCCCGGAACGAGUUCUUCGACGACGAGGCCAAGUGGACUCGGGACUCCAGCACCUUUUCCAUCGAGUGGUGUCUCGAGCAACGACGAAGCCUAUGCCAGCCAGAGCCAGGGACGCGGGGCUAUCUGGAAACGCCAGUUGCGGAACAGAAGCUGUUGGCUGAUCUCUUGUAUCAGCUAUUCCAGUACGACCCGGCCAAGCGACUGACAGCGGAGCAGGUACUGGAGCAUGGGUGGUUAGCGGCAAAGGAUUGA